CUCUCACUGCACGCACGGAUGACAUCUAACUAAGGAUGAAGCCAAGUUAUUACAAACUUCGGUUGCUCUAGUAGCAGUAGCGGGUAGGCUGGUACCUGGAAGUGGCACAUUGGGGUCCAUUGAUUCGUGUGACACCCGCCUACACCGAGAUCUGGACCAAUGAAUAGCUCUUUAGUUCCCCCUGUGAGACCUUAAUUGAGACUUUAAUAGAGGCUUUUAUUUUGGCAGACAAGCUGCCGAGGCCAGCACCUGAGAGAAGCUUCGUUAAAUUUUAACUACGCAUUUAAUAGGCUCUCUAUGAUUUUUAAUUCGUGACCAUGGACCGACCCAGCCUGCGGAAACUAUUUUCUGCUUGUGAUGUGAACAAGUCCGGGAAGAUUGAGUACGAGGACUUCACGGUUGUUUGCCGGGAGCUCAACGUCCCCGAAACCGAGAUCGGAACUCUGUUCAACAAGUUCGACGCGGACGAAGAAGGAUACAUCGACUACAGCAAGUUUUCCUCCAGGUUUCAGGAGGUUUCAGAGACUCUGAACCUGGCGUCUUUUGGCGCUGGGUCGUCCGAAGACCAAAGAUGUCCGUGGGAAGAGUUUGUGGGAAGGAUAGACGCGGAGUCUCUCCUGUCUGAAAGUCUCAGGGAGCAGCUGGCUGAUCUUUACCAGGCCAUUCAUUCCUCUGCAAACAUGACUCUGCUGCACCACUAUGAGGAAAUCAUCCACUCUCUGGUCAGUCAAAACCUGGACAACAGACUGGAGUGUGAACAGCUGGAGACCAGUUUGAAGCGAGCUGAGGAGAUGAACAACAGUCAGCUGGCAGAACUGGAGGACGAUAUACAGCAACAACUUGCCAGAGCAGAGGAGAGGGUGAGAGACGAGGAGCGUAAGAAAAUGGAAGGAGUUACGGCUACCAUGCAAAGAAAGCAUGAGAAUGAGGUCGCAGACCUGCAUGCAACUGUGGACAGACUGUUAAAGAGCCAAGAGGACUCUGCAUUUAACCAUUCGAAGGAGGAGGUGAUCAGACUGAACAGACGGAUCAGCGAUCUCUCACAGGAAAACGAGCAGCUCCAGGCCUCUCUGCUACAAGCCCAGACAAACAUUGCUAUCCUGCACUCGGAGCUGGACAAGCUGAAAAACAUGUAUGCAGAUCAGACAACUCAGCAUGAAAGAGAAAAAGAGGAUUUGAAGAUGAUGGUUAUGGAAUACCAGUCGUACUCCAGUCAGAUUCAGAUUCUCCAGGAAAUGAAUCAAAACCUGUAUGACAGUAAUGACGGGCUUCGCUCUGCGUUGGCCAGUGAAGUUGUUGCAGCUAAAAGAAGGCUGUCUCCCCAUAAUGAAAUCCCAGCCCGGAGGAUGAAACCACUCCGACAGAGCACAUUCAACCACAGCAGCCUGGAGCCGGAUCCUAGCAAAACAACUUACUCUCAUGUGGCCACCUGGGCUGAUAAGUACCUGGACAGUGGAGUCUCUCUGCCGAUGGACACGGCCGAGAGCUCAGGCAGUGACUAUGACAGCGACUGCGGCAGAGGCUCGGUGGAAACGGUGCACCACAGUUACUCCUAUGUGCCGUCUGAUGUGGAGAUAUCUGAAGCUGCAGUGUCAGUGGCUCCCAGCAGGGUGAGCUCCAUCACAUCAUCCCUACGAAGACGUUUGUCGGCAUUUUCCACAAAGCCAUUGGAAGCAGACAUAGAAGAAACUGAGGAACCUGCUCCGCUGUACCGUCUGGUUUUAGCUGGAGACGCCGGAGCUGGAAAGUCCAGCUUCAUGCUGAGACUGACACUCAACGAGUUCAGAGGGGACAUUCAGACAACGCUGGGAGUUGAUUUCCAAAUGAAAAGGAUGCUAGUGGAUGGAGAGAAGACGAGCCUGCAGAUAUGGGACACAGCUGGGCAGGAGAGGUUCCGUAGUAUUGCCAGGUCUUAUUUCCGUAAAGCUCAUGGCAUCCUGCUGCUCUACGAUGUUAGUUCAGAAAGCAGCUUCCUCAACGUCCGAGCGUGGGUGGAUCAAAUUCAGGAUUCAACGAACGAGAAAAUCCCCAUGUGUGUUAUUGGAAACAAGGUGGACCUCCGAGACCAGCUUGCAGAGGGACUCUGUGUGAGCAGUUUGCACGGAGAGAAGUUAGCCAAGGCAUACGGCGCCUUGUUCUGCGAAACCAGUGCCAAAGAGGGAACCAACGUCGUGGAGGCUGUGCUUCAUCUAGCGAGAGAGGUAAAGAAAAAUGUCAAACUGCGGCCGCAGUCAGACUCUCAGGUCAGACUGAGUCAAACCAACCCAAAGAAGACUCUGAACAGCUGCUGCAGACUGUAGAUGUCUGAUAGCAGUAGAUACGAUGGAGCAGUGAAGGACAAGAAGUGAUUUUUUUAUUUUGUGAUGAAGAACCUAAUUUUCUUAAAUAUUUUAAAGGUUAAAAUCUGUAAAUCUCAAACCUUAAAUAUAUUUUUAUAAAUGUUAAUUCUCUGAUCAAAUGAAGGUUUGUAUUACUGCAAAAUUGCACAUGUACAAAUAUAAAUGCUUGUAAUGUAAUCAUGCUUAUAUUUGUCUUAGGUUUUGUAUUCAUUUGGUAGUAAAGUCAUUUUAUGAUAAAUAAAUAAGGAAUAUUAAUGCCUCAAUUCAGAUUCAACCUAAAUAUUUUUUAAUGGUUUUGCUGGACCGAAACAGUUAGCAAAUCAUUUUAAUUCUAAUUCUAAAUCAAAUUUGUGUGACAGAUGUGAUUGGUUCUUAAACAAUCGAAAAAACACCAAAUAAAUGUUUUGACACAUUUUUAUUUUAAGCAUCAGUGUAAGCGAUAUUACAGUGCAGUUUUAACACCUUUUAAUUACAGAAGCAG